UAAAUAUAAUAUAUAACAAUGGAUAAAAAUCACCAUCCGGAAGAAAUUCUCGAGAGAAUAGGCGGAUGUGGAAGAUUCCAAGUGUUUCUUUCAGUAAUGUCUCAUUUGAUGAAAUUGCCGACUGUGUUAACAAUGUACCUAAUGGUGAUCUCUAUAGCAACGCCCGAAUGGCGAUGUAUGGAUGACAACGGGCCAAGUCAUGUGACUGCAGCUUUUAAUACGUCAACUUUCCUACAUGUUAAUUCAACUUACGCAAAUUCUUCUGAUAUAGACUAUUUUGGUGCAGCAAAUCACUCAAAACCGUACAGCAAUAUCAAAGCAUGUGAAAACAGAAAUGGUACCCGGUGUAAUAAUAUAGUUUACAGUGAUGAAAUGAAAACGAUAGUGUCUGAGUGGUCAAUGUCAUGUACCUUACCGUGGGUUCCUUCAACAAUUGCCUCGAUUCAAAUGCUUGCAAUAUUAUUUGGAAACCUAGCUUGCGGCCAAAUAGCGGAUAGCUUCGGUCGAAAGAUGCCUUUAUUUUCAUCACAGCUGUUACUUAUUGCUGCUAACUUGAUAGGGUAUUUUUCUACAUCUUGGCUGAUGUUUGGUGUUGCACGUGCUAUAUGUGGUCUCGGAAUGGGAAUGUUUUUGACAGUUCAGUACAGUCUGUCCACUGAGGUCAGUGUAUCCAGUUGGAGACCAUGGAUCGUGGCGUUUCCAACAUGGGCAUUAAUGGGGUGUGGUCUAGCAUUGGUCAGUUAUCUGAUGCCAGACUGGAGAAAACUUCAUCUGCUAACAACUAUAGUAACCAUUCCAUUUCUUCUCCUGUGGUGGUAUUUUCCUGAGAGUUUCCGGUGGCACCUGUCACAUGACAGAACUCAUGUAGCUAAAGAUAUCAUACAACGUAUAGCAAAGUUCAAUAGAAAGUCAGUAAAUGAUGAAACAAUUCUUGAACUUCUUAACACGACAGCGCUUGAUGAAAAAUCUGGGGACAGAAAGAAAUAUUCACUCUGGAAUUUGUUCAAUACCCGGAGAUUGGCCAAGAUAACGGUACUGUCGAUGACUAACUGGCUGGCUCUGGGACUAUUAUCAUACGGAAUUCAGUACGGGAUAAAGGCUUUAUCUGGCAACUUCUUUUUCAACUUGUUUUUAUUUAAUAUCAUUAGCGUUCCAACAACCUUUAUAGCCAUCAUACUCAGUAACAAAAUUGGACGGAGAAAAACAGCCGUUGUUACGUAUAUUAUUGCAACUAUUGGAUGUUUUGUGGUUGGAAUAGUUCAAUAUAUAGAGACGGACAUGAGAGAUUCGUUGACAAAUGGGUUUGCCUUGUUUGCUAGCCUUGGAAUAGGUGUAGCCUGGGGUCCAGUACAACUUAUGUCUCUAGAAUUAUACCCCACAGUUGUCAGAAGUAUCGGUUAUGGAUUCCUAAACACCUUUGCUAGAAUAGGAGCAGUAAUCGGACCACAACUUGCCUAUCUGGAUACACGUAUACCAUGAGUUAUGUAUUUCGUCUGCUGCGGUGUGUGUGUUUGUUGUAUUUUAGCAUCUUUACUUCUACCAGAAUCACGAGGAGCAGAUCUUGAUGAUAAAAUUACACAUAAAAAGUAAUUUAACUGUUUUAAAUAAUAAUGAUGCUAGGAAGGACGUCAAACUAUCAACGCUAUGCCCUGGAUUUGCAUUGAUUACGUCACAUUGUUUUACAGUAUGAAAUAUUUUUGAGACAAUGUUAUUGAAUAGAACAGGAAUUUCAUUUUAUAUAUAUA